AUGUCCCUUCAAAAAAAACUUCCCUUUCGGAGAGGCUUAUUAAUGAAAUGGUUUCAACAUCAUCAACCUUGUUUAAAGAAUCAUAUUGCUAGUAGUAUUCUCAAAAAUAAUAAUAACACUUUUUCAAAAUAUGGUAGAUGUUUCAGCUCUUCUUUAACAAAUCUUACGACCGUUCCGAUGGCUCAAAAUAAUUCGGAAUCGUCUGAGUUUGAAAAACAAAUCAAAUGGUUUGAUCCAUGUUUCACUCGAGAUGGCGUUCAUCAUCAUGAAACAGUGAGCACACCUAUUAAAAUUUACAACUCUCUUUCGAAAACUAAAGUACCAUUCGUGAUAGAAAAGAGAAGGUGGACGAAUCGUACCGACUCGGAAAAUAAUGAUUCAACAUACUCACCGCCUCCAAUUUAUUGGUAUUCUUGUGGACCUACUGUCUAUGAUGCUUCACAUCUUGGACAUGCUCGUAAUUAUGUCUGUUUGGACAUUAUUUAUAGAAUUUUAACACACUAUUUUCAGUAUCAAGUGCUGUAUGUGAUGGGAAUUACGGAUGUGGAUGACAAAAUUUUGAAAAGAGCUGCCGAGUUGAAUAAGCAGCCAUCGGAAAUUUCACUCAAAUAUGAACGUGAUUUUAUUACGGACAUGAAACGACUCAAUGUCACUCAACCUGCAGUCUACACACGAGUCACAGAGCAUAUUGAAGAAAUUAAAUCAUUCAUUGAACAGAUGGAAAGGAAUGGAUUCACAUAUGUAACGAAAAACGGAGGAGUUUAUUUUGAUUCCAAAAAGUUUGAAAAUAGUGAUCACCUCUAUGGAAAACUUGCUCCAAAUACCAACCAAGAGGAAUCCAUUCAACAAGAACACAUUGAAUUUCGAGAUGAGAAGAGAGACCCUCGAGAUUUUGCUUUAUGGAAAUUUACCUCGAGAGAAUAUAUGGGAUGGGACAGCAAAUGGGGAUUCGGAAGACCAGGUUGGCACAUUGAAUGCUCAGCCAUGAUCGAUAGUGUGUUCAGAAAUGACACGAACACCAAGAAACAUGAUUCCUCUAUGGAAGAAGAAAAAUAUGCCACACUCGACAUUCACUCUGGAGGAAUUGACCUUGCCUUUCCUCAUCAUAAUAAUGAAAUCGCUCAAAGUGAAGCAUGCCAUCAUCACCAAUUUUGCUCUUCAAAUCGUACCAAUUGGUGCAACUACUUUAUACAUGUCGGUCACUUACAUAUUCAUGGCCUUAAAAUGUCGAAAUCUCUCAAGAACUUUAUAACAAUUCGAGAAUAUUUAGAAAAAUAUACGGCUGACCAAUUUCGCUUAUUUUGCCUUCUCCACAAGUACAAUGAAACUGUGGACUAUAGUGAAGACGCUAUUGAAAUUGCAAUCCGUUACGAAAAGAGAAUUCACGACUUUUUACACAAUGUUUCCUUCUACCGAAAGGAGCAUGAAGAGAAUAUUGGAAUGAACAAAUCAAGAAAAUGGGAUAGUGACCUGAAAGAAUAUACUCUUCAAUUUUUGAAACUUAAACAAGCCAUUCAUGAGGCAAUUUGUGACGACUUUAAUACUCCUCUCGUGAUGGAUCACAUUUCCACAAUUAUUAACAUGAUCAAUGCUCUCUUCUUUUCGAAAUCCUCCAAGGACCUUCUUGCCAUUGAUGUGUUGGAGAAUACAAGUCAUUAUGUGGUUGGAGUUUUGCGCAUGUUUGGACUGAAAUUAGGAAUGACUGCUCGACAAGAUUUUCAAACGGGUGAAACAGAGUCCGAUGAAGAAAUUGCCAAACAUCCAUUCACGAGCAAAAUUAUUGAUCUAUUUGUGGAGUUCAGAGCUCAGGUGCGAAAGGAGGCCCUCAAUUCUGAACCAAAACCAACCAAUAUUUUACGUAUUAUUGACGAGCUGAGAGACAAGAAAUUAAAAGAGCUUGGUAUUCGAAUUGAUGACAGAAGCUCUGAAAAAAGUAUGUGGAGAUAUGAUGUGACUGUAAAGGAUGUUGUUGACAACAACAACAACACCUCAGACACUUGUGCUAAAUCACAGCUCAACGAGCAUCAGCAACAACUGGCUCUACGACAACAAGAAAUUGAAUUCAAAUUGACUGUUCCUCUCGAACAAUACUUUAAACUAAUGCCUCAACAUACCAAUAAGAAUUAUACACAAUUCAACGAGUUGGGCAUUCCCACACAUGAUCAUGAGGGACAACCCCUUUCCAAGUCAGCCAUUAAAAAGUUGACCAAAGAAAGGGAAAAGCAUGCUGAGUUUUUGGAAAAGCAUUCAAAGCAGAAAUAA